UCUGUUGAGUCCUGUAGCAGCAAUGAUACUGUCAUAUUGUCAUCUCCUGACUCCCGGUCUUGCACUUGGCCUAAAGAUUUUGUAGUGCCACGAUUUUCAUAUUGUGCCGAGAUGCAGCUCCAGAAGGGAAAUGAUGAAUUCAAUGCAAGUGGAACUCUCCUAUCUCUUACGCCCAAACUCAGAUCUGAUAUUCUUGAAGGCAUUGCAGAAGAAAUAAUCAAGUAUACAGCAUAUCCAAAGGACAAUCAGUUUGAAAAAGUUGCUGAGGCCUUGAUACAAACCCAUCCAUGUUUGCGUGAGAACGGAACACGGACUGGGUGUUGUGGAUGGAAGCACUAUAUUAAGAUAAAGAUGAUGAACUUCCGCACCAAGCUUGGCCGAGCUGGACACCCAGAAGUCACAGUCAACUCACUUAAAAACAAACAGAAAGGCCAGGGAAAACCAGCUGCAAACAUAAAAAAGCCACGGAGGGCAGAGGUUAAUUUCUGUCCAAACCAUCCGAGAGGUGAAACCAAUGACAACCUGGAGGUGGAAAGGGUUGCUCUAUUGACCGAGGUAAAAAAAAAAAAUAACGAGACCGUUAUCAAGGAAAAGAUGCAGCGUACCUUCUCAUACCGACGACAAGAAAUUCUUCAGGAGCCAAUGAUUACAGAGGUCCGAAACAGAUGGCCAGCAUUGUUUGAAAUUGGAGAAGUCAACUUGGAGUUCAUGCGUAUAACAACUGUUCCGCUGAUAUCAAAAUUCAUUGGUCAACUGGACAAAUACACUGAUGCCCUGAUGAAGGUGUUCCGUCACAAAGGAGGAUGUGCAGGACAGAAAAUCCGCACCAUAAUGGCAUUGACAGCUAAAAAUGAAGACAUAAACACCAGGCAUGAUUGUAUCCUGAGGUGCCUAAGUGUCUACCUCAAUGAAGACAUCGAGACACUUGUCAAAGAAUAUGUGGACACUGAAAGUGUGGAGGCUGAGUCUCUCAUUGCACAGACAACAAUGGGCAUCUAUGUCAUUCGAGCGGAGGGCGCUGGUCCUGAAGAAGAACCUUCAGAUGUUGGUGUUGUUCUUGAAGGAGUUGAAGUUUGCAAAACCUGCCAAGUGUCACACUUGGAUGUGUGAUGCUUUUUGGACUAAUUUAUGCCCUUAACUUAAACUAUCCAAAGGACCUCAAGUGCACAUUUGAAGCAUUUCAGAAAAUCCUGAUGGAACUGGAUACAACCAAGCUGUCGCCAAAAGUUCAGGGACUGAAAAUUAAGAUGCUUCAGUGAAUCAUUGAGAGAUAUGCUGAUAUUUACAUUUUUCCUCUUGACUUGCACUUUUUUCUACUCGUUAGAACCACCACCCUAUUUUUCCAAAUUAUUGCAUGUCACAGAUUUGUGAAAAUGUUUGUGUAAUGUUAACAAGUUUUGUCAUUGAAUCAGAUUUGACCUGAUUGUUGUCUACCUCAAGUUUUGCAGUUAGUUUUUUUAAGCACAGUUCUUGAGGAAAAAGUACU